UGAUGAUCGCGUCCACGGGAAGGAAUUCUGUGCUCGCGCGCGUGCACGUGAAGUGGCGUGAAGGCUCGAAACUGAGCCAUGCCGGACAUGAUUCGCAACUGAAAGGAAAUUGUAUCUAAAGGCGGUUCCUGAAAGACGAGGAUGGCCUUACCUCCUCCCCCGGGUGCCCCGGUGAUCCCGGGAUCUCCUGGGUUACCACGGUCACCUGGGAUGCCAGGAGCUAUGGGUUCUCCGAGACCAGGGUUCCCUCCCGGACCACCUGGCUUUCCACCUAGGCCCAUGUCACCGGGAGCUCCUCCAGGACCCCCGAGCGGCUUGGGAAGUCCCAGGCCUCCAGGAUUCCCUGGAUCCCCCGGUGGAGCCGGUCCUCCCCCUCCACCCCCCGGUGAUGCCGGCGCUCCUCCGCCCGCAGGUGCAUCCCCCGCAGGUGCUCCACCGCCAGACGCCGGUGCAGCACCACCCCCCGACGCUGGUGCAGCGCCACCCCCCGACGCCGGUGCAGCACCGCCACCAGACGCCGGAGCUGCGCCACCAGCUGAUGGUGCCGCAGCGCCGCCACCACCAGACGCCGGUGCCGCACCACCACCGCCACCACCAGCUGCGCCACCGCCGCCUCCGGCUGCGCCACCGCCGCCUCCAGCUGCGCCCCCGCCUCCCGCAGCACCGGCUCCCGCGCCAGCACCGGCUCCCCCGCCAGCACCUCCGGCAAAGGAACCCGAAAAACCGCCCGCGGAAAGCAAAGCCAAGGCAUCGGAUUCGAAAGAGCAGUUACAGGGCUUGAUGGACAAGAAGUUAAAGUACUGGGACCAGAUGACGCUCUCGAAGCUUGAGAACGAAAGACUAGAAGCCCUUAAGAGAAUCAUCGAAAUUAAUCAGAAUGAACUGGAGCUCGCAACACGUGUCGGACCGAAUGAGAAGCUGUUGGACCUGGCGGACACCAAGCGUAAGCUUUCCAAAGAAGCUCCAGAUGUUCCUGGUGACGAGUGGGAGAUGGGCGCCAUGCACGACCUGAGAAAUUUAACAAAGAUGGAGUCUGAACUAGCAAUGCGGCUAGCAAAGAGAGGAAUGAUGCCACCGGAGGACGAACAAAAGAAGCUUCGUUCCAUCGUGGACCGAGAGAAUGAGCUGACAAAAUCAUUGCUCACGUCCGCUGAAGGUAAGCAGGGUGCUCGUUCAAAACUUCAAAAAGUUAGCUUGCUGGAACUCGAGGCUCUUGGUGGUAAAGAACCCAAAGAAGGUGGACAGCCCUGCGACGAUAAUUUAUUGAAACUUCACGAACUGGAGUUCCGAAUUGCGAACGACAUGCUGAAGGGCAAAUAUAAGGGCAAGAAAGGUCGUGAUUUCACUCCGAAAGAACUCAAGGAAAAGUUACGUAGGCUGUGCGAGCUUGAAAUCCAGAUCGCCGACGAGCUCUUUGGGCAUGAAUCUGAAGGAUCAGCUUCGAUUGAAGUCGGGGAAAAAGAGCCACCAUUACCCUUACCUCCCGAUGAGCCAGCAGGUCGAGAUGAUCGCAGGAGCGGGCGACGAGACAGCAAGGACGAUCGGCGAGAUGAUAGGCGUGACGACAGGAAGGACGGCAGAAGGGACGACAGGAAGGAUGACAGAAGGGAUGACAGAAGGGAGGACAGAAGGGACGACAGAAGGGACGACAGGAGGGACGACAGAAGGGACGACAGAAGGGACGAUAGAAGGGACGACAGAAGGGACGACAGAAGGGACGAGAGAAGGGACGACGGAAGGGACGACAGAAGGGACGAUAGGAGAGAUGAGAGACGGGACGAGAGAAGAGAUGACAGGCGGGAAGAACGUCGCGAUUUCAGACGAAGCGACCGUCGACCAUGUCGUGAGAGCCUGGAGGACUACCCGAUUCGAGCUGGCUAUGAUCCUCGGAUGCCAUUACCCCCAAGUAUGGAUGAGUAUACCCCGAGCUACAUGGACGGUCGUGGGGAUUUACAGAUCACCAUGCGACGCAUGCCACCGAUGGGCCGUAUGCAAGAAAGUCUGGAGUAUUCCCGUAGAGAUAGCAUAGAUCCCCGAAUGAUGAUGCCGCCGCCGCCUCCGCCGCCCCGUUACAUGCCAGAGAUGAUGCCACAGCCACCUCCGCCGCUUCCUGUUCCGUCGAUGCAACCGAUGCCGCAGUAUUCGGCACCGCCACCGCCUGCUCAAGAGAGCCCGUCUGACGUAGACAACGAGAUGGUACGGCAUCAUGAAAAUUUUGAAGUCUCCGGUGACGACAGCUACCCUGCUGUUCAAGUUGUGAAGCACAUUACGCGGUCUGAAAUUAUUCAGGAUCCUCCGCGUCCUCCCGAGCCACAGCAGAGCGGCGGUAUACCGUCUAAAGCAGUUAUGAUUUCACCUCCCGCGAGCACGGGUUACACACCGGGAGUGAUGACGGUUAAGUCGUUGUUUUCUGAAGAGAAUGUGGAUCCUUCUCGAAAGCCUAUCAUAACAACGUUCGAACAAGUUACCGAGGAUCAAACAACAGUCGUCAAGCUAAAGACAGCGAUCGACAUCGAGAUCAUUCCACAAAAUGGGAAGCCUCCCGAUGACGGAGAUAAUGGCGAAGAGGACAAUAAUGGCGACCAGGCUGAAGAGGAAGAGCCAGCUCCUGAAGAAGCACGCCCUCAGCCACCGACGCAAGUGAACAGUCAAAUACUACUCGUUGUGAACGAAGCACCGCCUCCAAGACGCGCACGUGUGACGCUACCCCGAAAACCACCUGAAGACGACGACGGCGAUGACGAGAUUCCAGAGGACGACGUUGGCGGUGCAAAGCGUCAUGAACUGAUAGACCGUCGUGUAACUGUGGACGAAGACAUCCCUCCGGGACCUUCCUUUUGGCAGUGGAUCUGCCAGAGCAUCUACACGCCUCGAAAGCAAGCCGAACGACGCUCUGAACGACAAGAGCACAAGCACCAUAAAACUCAUCGUGGAAGGUCGCGAAGCCGAGACCGAGAAACCCGUAUACUGGAAAAAGAAGAGGAGUUACGCCAGCUUAUAGAGAGUGUGAUUCGGGUGUCUCAAGACGUCAUCAUGGCUCGACGUGCCAUUCAGCUCGGUGGGAUAGGCGAAGAGCGCUGCGUAGGGAACAUGCUUGAAGCCGAAGGGAAACUUCGUAAUCUCAUCGACCUCGAAGUGAAACUUGCGAAUGAGCUAAACAAUUUUCGCAACUCCGAUAUGAUUAUGACCGAAGAAUCUCGCAUGAGCGUUCUCAAUGCCGAAGAAAAGAUUCGGAAGCUAAUCGACGUUGAAAACAGGUUAGCUGAAGGGAUCAGCGCAGAGCGAAAGUCUUCUGUGAAAUCAAAAAUUGACGAUGCGUCCAAAUCGACGUUAGCGUCUGGACAUGCGCCCAGAGCUCCACCAGCUCCUGGAGCACCUGCGUCUAUGUAUCCAGGAGCUGCUCAACCAGGAUACGCUCCUCCAGCGCAACCAGGAGCUGCUCAACCAGGAUACGCUCCUCCAGCCCAACCAGGAGCUGCUCAACCAGGGUACGCUCCUCAAGCACAACCCGGAGCUCAGAUGCCGCCGGGAAUGCCUAUGCAGCCUGGCGGUAUGCAACAGAGGCCUAUGCAGCUUGGUGGCAUGCAACAGAGGUCUAUGCAGCCUGGCGGAAUGCAACAGAGGCCCAUGCAGCCAGGAAUGAACAUCCAACAAGCAGCAAUGGCGCAUAUGCAACAACCGCCAUUCGCAGGUACAAUGCAACAGCCAACGCAACACCAGCAACCGAUGCAAUUUCCACAAAUGCAGCAAGUGCAAAUGGCUCAACCACAAGAAUCGGUACGACAACGGAGGGAGCCCAAGAGAUCGGAUGAUGGAAGCCGGCGUAGCGCAGGACCUGAUGAUUAUCUCCGGGGCCGCAAAGCUGAUACCUACAUGGAUGACAUGUCUGUUGUUACAGACGUCCGUCACAUACGGCGCAGGAGACGCGGUGACCGUACUCCAGACAGAGACGACUCGGAAAGCCGGAGGAGGUUGUCGGACGACUCAAGUCCUACGCGUGUAACACCAGGUCGACUCGCUGGUGUGCGAAGACUACCUCCAAGCGGUGACGACGGGUAUUCCGAGGACUCACGGCGCAGGACACGAGACGAUUAUGAUGACAGCCCGAAGCGUGGCCGCAGGGGUCGCCCUCCGCCACAGGAGCCGCCCGAUAAUGACUCAUCGCCCCGUAGAGGCCGUAGAGGAACUGGCGACGGCGCACGGCCGUUUCACAGGGGUCGCCAAGAUGAUGAUUCUUCACCACCACGCAGGGGGCGAACGGAGGACGACGGCCCUCCGAGACGCGGACGUAAAGACGAGGAGAAGUCACCCGAACGGCGAACGAAGAAGAAAUUCGUCCUCGAACAAGAGUUUGAAGAGAGAAAAGGUCCCCUUCGCGGAGAUGAUGUACCUCCCGAAUCACCUCGCCGUCCUCGCAAAGCUCGCGCAGUGGACGCUGAAGAAUCUUCCGUUGUCCAACGAAUUCGCAGCACGCACCGGAUUACGACCGAAGAAGAGAGACCGAGUGACCGCGUGACCGAGCGACGGCGACGAGCGCGAGACGUUACUGACGACGAAAACACUUCGCCGCAACGACGACGAGGACGAGGCCGCACGGAGGACGAAAGCGUCGUAUCGCCCCAACGUCGACGAGCGCGAGAUAAGCGGGACCAGACAGACGACGAAAGCGUCGCAACGCCGUCACGAAGGCGUGUUCGAGACGUCGCAGACGACGAAAGUGCGGCACCAGCUCAACGACGACGAGCACGGGAUCACACAGACGACGAAAGUGUGGCAUCACCUCAACGGCGACGAGCGCGGGAUCACACGGACGACGAGAGCGUGGCGUCACCUCAACGGCGACGAGCGCGGGAUCACACGGACGACGAGAGCGUGGCGUCACCUCAACGGCGACGAGCGCGGGAUCUCACGGACGACGAGAGUGUGGCAUCACCUCGACGGCGCACGCGUAAGAAGGCAGCAGAAGAUGGCGAGGACACUGAUCAGAAACGUAAGGGUUCGAAAAAGGCAGACGACGCUGAACCUCGAACGAAGGUUCGAGAGCAGCAGCAGUUAAUACGCGUACAAGAAGGUCUUCCGGUGAAGAUAAGUCUAAGUGGCAAGGUGAUUGGCGCGAAAAAGCGCAUGUCCAAGUCCGGUGAAACGUUCACGGAGGUGCUGUCCGUGCCGGACACGUCGCGAAAGAGUGGCGUGUCUGUCACCGAACUCUCGUCGUCGUUGUCCGUGAGUGAAACUGUCACAGAGGCAACAACUAUGGUACAGAAAUCUUCCAGUGAUGGCACUUUAAUUGGUAAACGGUCUAUUACGUUUGGAACUCCACAACGCAAUAGGCGAUCUCAACAGUCUCCGUCUAGCGGAGCGCGGAGCAAAUUCUCUAGCAACGUAUCCGUGUCUGUGAGUGUGAGCGAUAGCGAAGACGAUGCUGCCAGUGAACGACCGAGACGUAGCACUGGAAUGUCAUCGAGCCGUCGACGGGGGGCACCACCUUCUACAGUGCGUUCUGCCAGCGUCAUAAAGUCGCGCACAGAUAGCCCUGUUCAGUGGUCACGGUCACGAUCACGUGCACGUGAUCAGCCUCAACAUCCAUAUUAUGAGCCAGCGACUGGAUCUUGCAGCCGCCACGUUAGCUUGGGGCGGCGAACUCAGCCUUUCGGCUCUCCACCCGAUCGUCCUUUCUCUCGAAGUCCACCUCACCGAGGAUUUCCUCAAGUUCCUCCUCGAAUGUAUUCGGAAAGCCCUACCCGUAUGCGAACUCCUUUGCGUACAAACCCCGCUAGUCCCCAAGCAAGACGACCAGUCUUCGAGGUCGUCGAUGAAGUCGCGUACUAUGCCGAGCCCAUCACCAGAGACAGGGCCCGUUUUUUACGGCGAGAGGACCAGCGGUUCCAGAUGAGUGGCACCGCUGACAGGCCCGCUGGACGUCCUACUCGAGACAGUAGUGGUGGGAAAUGGCAAGCACCAAAGCUAAAGAUAACAUACGCACAUAAGAUGUCGUCGAGUGAGACAUGUAGCACAAGUCACACGUCGAUGGAAAGCCUGGGAUCACGAACUAUAUUUGAGUACGAACGAGGCGACGACGAGGCGGAGUACCAUUUUUGUGAUGCACCAACAGGUCUUCACCGAUCGCUGUCUCCACCGCCGCCACGGCCUCCGAUGCCGCCGCGGAUUCCACCUCCUCGAGGGUUCAUGCUCCCAGAGACGUCGGUGUCAUCUUUCGAGUCCACCUUCUGCACUCCUACCGCGUCGCUUUCAGCUCUGGCUGCCAUGCAAGAACCUGCCUUGCAGACGUUCCAGCCUCCCGACCAGAUCAUCCAAGUCUCUCCGGAAGCUAACAUUAUCGUCCACAUACCUCCGUCAGAAAUCGGUGACGGUGAGAUUAUGUUACCGGAAGUGCUCAAGUUUCAAGAACUUCAUCAGGAGACCCCACAUAUGGCAACGAUUCAAAUUCACAAUUUUGCUGAACAAAUGGGAGACCAACCGGAAGCGUGUUCGUCUGAGUCGGAACAUUUCAUAAUCCAAAUACGGAAUAUGCUGGAUCAGAAGGGUAUGCCGGAGAAGGAGGCAGAACAGGUCGUGAUCCAGAUUAAGAGUGUGCAGGAACAGGAAGGGAUCUCUCAGCAGGACAAAGAAGAGCUGUUGCGUCAGAUUGAAAACAUGGGGGACCAGAAGCAAAUAUCUCACAAGGAACAACUUGUAAUUCUUAUUCAAGGAUUGAAGGCGAGAUCGAGGCAGGAACAAGUGGCUCCAGUAGCGAAGGAACAGUUCUUCGUUCAACUCCAGAACGUACAAGAACAAGGUGUGCUGUCAGCGGCUGAGAAGGCAAGACUUUUUGAACAACUCCAGAACUUGCAAAACCAACGUGAAAUAUCUCCGACUGAGACACACCAGCUUGUGAUUCAGAUCCAAAACUUGCCGGAACAGCAGGGAAUGCCUUCGGUUGACAGAGAACGGUUAGACCGAGUUGAACUUCAACUCCAGAACAUGCAGGGAGACCGAACGCCGUCUCGAGACCAAAAAGAGCUACUUCAAAUUCAAGUUCAGAAUUUACAAGACCAGGUACUCACGCCUUCUGAGAAAGAACAGCUUAUAAUUCACGUGGAAAACGUGGAUGACGAAGUACUCUCUCCCCCGGAAAAAGUGGAGCUUCAGAUCCGCAUACAAAACAUGCCGGAGCAACAACGAGCAAUGACUAGUGAUGAUCAAGAGCGCUUACAGAGAAUGGAACUGAUUUUACUUCACCUUCAGGACAUGCAACGACAGCGCGGCAUCUCUGCCGCGGAAAAGGAACAGCUUUUACUGCAGAUCCAGAACGUGCAGGACGAAGUACUCACCCCUGUUCAGAGACUGAAGCUCCAAAUCCACAUACAAAAUAUGCCGGCGCAACAAGAAAUGCCUGCUUACGAUCGAGAACGCUUCGACAGGAUGGAACAGAUUUUGCUUAAACUCCAGGACAUGCAGGAAAAGCGUGGUAUGACUUCCGCGGAAAAGGAGCAGCUCUUAAUCCAGAUUCAAAACGUGCAGGACGAAGUACUCUCCCCAGCUCAAAAAAUGCAACUUUUAGUCCAGAUAGAAAACAUGCCCGAGCAACAAGGAGUGUCUACUGGCGACAGAGAGCGCUUAGAAAGGGUAGAGCGGAUUUUACUUAAGCUCCAGGACAUGCAAGAACAACACUGCUUGUCGCCCGCCGAAAAAGAACAGCUGCUUAUCCAAAUUGAGAAUGUGCAAGAAGAAACACUGGCCCCUACCGACAAGGAGCGUCUCCUGAUUCAGAUCCAGAACAUGCCAGAACAACAAGGGAUGUCAGCAGCCGAACGAGAGCGACUGGAACGUGUAGAAAGGCUCCUAGCCCAACUUGAAAACAUGUUGCAGCAGCAGGGCGUAUCUUCGGUUGAAAAAGAACGGCUCCUGGUUCUAAUACAAAACAUGCAGGACAAAGAACUGGCUCCCAUUGACAAAGAUCAGCUCAUUGUUCAAAUCCAGAGCAUUCCCGAGCACCAUGGAAUGACCUUAGUCGAUAAAGAGCGCUUAGAAAGAGUAGAACGACUUCUGAGGGACAUUCGAAAAGUCCAGGAGGCGCAAUUGAGGGCGUUGGACGAAAAACAACAACUAAUGAUACAGAUCCAAAACAUAACAGAAGAGCAAGCUACAGAUCGCCUCGAAAUUCAGUUUCAGAAUAUGCAAGGAACCACACAGAUGGAACAGGUCCUUGAAUUACUUCAAGACAUGCAACAGGAACAGCAACGGAGGGCUUCAAGAGAUAUUGAGCAGUGUCUCAUUCAAAUAAACGUGCCAGAACAACAGCCUAUGGCUCCCGCAGACAAAGAACGGCUUCUAAUACAUCUUCAAAACAUGCAGGGGCAACAAGGAAUGUCUCCAGAAGAAAAAGAACAACUCCUUCUCCAAAUCCAAAACAUAGUCGAACAACAAAUAAUGUCGGCGCUUGACAAGCAACAGCUAUUAAUUCAGAUCCAGAGCGCAGUGGAAGAGCAACCACUACCUCCUGACGACAAAGAGCACCUACUCAUCCAAAUCGAAAACGUGGUCGAACAACAACAGAUACCUGACAAAGACGACCUUCUCAUUCAGAUCCAAAAUAACGUACCAGAGCCACAAGCAAUGACUCCGUUGGGAAAAGAUCAGCUGUUACUCCAGCUCCAGAACAUACUGGAACAGCACCGCCUGCCCCCACAGGAGAAAGAGAGACUCCGAGUCCAGAUCCAGAGUAUAGUGCAGCAUCAUGGGUUAUCUCCGCUUGAUAGACAGCUUUUAAUCCAGAUUCGAAACAUGCAAGCGGAGGCAGGCAUGAUGCAGCAACAAAUUCAGAUUCGUCAACGGCAGUUGAUUAGCCGCCAAAGAAUGUUAGAAGAGCAACAGGGACUUGCUCAGACACACAUGAUGACUCAACAGCAAAUGCUGGAGCAGCAGCGAGGAAUGGCUCAGCAACAAUUCGAUUUUGGCCAGCGUCAACAGCAGCAGAUGGACGUUGCACAUCGGCAACUGGGAAACCAGCAACAGCUGCUGAGACGAAUGCAAGGUAGGACUCAGAGGCAGCUAAGGACUCAACAGCAAAUGCUGGAUAGACAGCAGGGGAUGGCACAAAAGCAAAUGCAGGUGGGACAAGAACAAAUGAAGCAUCAGCAACAGCUCGAAUAUGAACAGCAGGAACUGAGAAACAAGUUGCAGACGUUAGAGCGACAGCAAGAGGUAGCUGAGAAGCGGGUGGAGCUCGAGCUGCAGCAGCUGAGUAGUCAACAGCAGGCCCUGGAAAGGCAGCAGAAUGCAGCUCAGCAGCGAGUCAAGUUCGAGCAGCACAAACUGACGGUGAAACAACAAGAGCUAGAAAGACAGCAAGGAUUAACUCAGCAGCAGCUUGAAUAUGAACAGCAGAAGUUGAGGAGCCAGCAGCAAGCUUUAGGAAGGCAGCAAGGUUUAUCGAAGCAGCAGAUGGAGUUUGAGCAGCAGAAGUUAAGGAACGCGCACCAAGUCUUAGAAAUGCAGCAUGGUGUUGCUAAGAAGCGAAUAGAAUAUGAGCUGCAGCAGCUGAGGAGCCAACAGCAAGCCUUGGAAAGACAGCAAGCAAUUGAUCGGCAACAGCUGGAGUAUAAGGAGCAGCAGCUGAGGAAUCAGCAGCAGGCCCUAAAAAGACAACAGGAAGUCGCUCAGCAGCAAAUGCAGUAUGAACAGCAGCAACUUAAAAACCAGCAGCAGCAAUUACAGAAACAGCAAACUGAGAAUCAUCAACAACAAAUGAGGGAGCAGCAGCUAUUGAAGAAUCAGCAACACGCCCUAAAAAGGCAACAGGGAGUUGCUCAGCAACAAAUGCAGUACGAACAGCAACAACUUAAAAGUCAGCAACAGCAAUUACAGCAACAGCAAAUUCAGAACCAACAGCAACAAGCGAGGGAGCAGCAGCUGCUGAGGAACCAGCAACAAGCGCUAAAGAGACAACAUGGAAUUGCACAGCAGCAAAUUGAGAGCGAGCAUCAGCGACUUCGAAACCAGCAGCAGCAAUUACAGCAACAGCAACUCCAGAAUCAAGAGCAACAGAUCAGAGAGCAGCAGAAACUGCGGAAGCAACAGCAGCAGUUGUUAGAACAACAGCGGGGGCUGGAGCAACGACACCUGCAGCAGCAACAGCAGCAGCUCGCGGAGCAUCAGCAACUGUUGCGACAACAAGAGCUUCUUGAACAACAACUGACGCAGAUAAACUUUCAAGAACCCAGAAAGCUGUUUGAGCAGCAGCGACUGAGGCAGCAAUUGCAGCAACUCAAGCAACAGCUUCUGCGGAAGGAAAAGCUGAUGGAGCAAACCAGGACAGAACAAAAUGAAAUGAGACGUCAGCAACAAAUAGAACAUCAAAAAUUACUGCAAAAGCAGGAACUUGUACUGCAGCAACAAAAGCGAAUCCAGCAACAGCAGAUUGCUCAACAGAUGCAGAUCUCUGAACAACGUCGCAUUAUACAGCGCCAGCAGCAAGUGAUGCAUCAACAACAGAAGCAGCUACGGCUGCAGGCUGACAUGCAGGAAGAAAUGGCACUGGAACGCAAACCGUCAGUCACCGUGCAGAUUCAAGAACAGGGGCGAAAGUCGCCGCCGCCGCCGAAACACAUUCAGUUACGCAUCCCGCAACCGGCGCCGCCGCCGCCGAAACACAUUCAGUUACGCAUCCCGCAACCGGCGCCGCCUCCACCUUCUCCGCCACAACAAGUACUUCUUCAGGUGCAGCCUCCACCUCAAGUUUUCCUCCAAUUACCACGGCAGCCGACACCAUCACCUAAGGGUUCAACUCACUUACUCGUACUCAGGCCGCCUACGCCUCCUCCUCCUCGCGGCUCAACCCAUGUGCUGGUACAACUUGCUCAGCAACCUACUCCUCCACCGCCGCCUCAGGGGCCCACACACGUUCUUGUUCAAGCUCCCCGUCAGCCUACGCCACCUCCACCUAGGGCUUCAACACAUGUCUUGGUACAAGUACAGCCUUCUCCGCCCCAAACCCCGCCGUGCGCUUCACCAGGCUCACAGCAACCCUUCGUAAGACUGCCUCCACCAGCGCCCUCACGUCCUGCGUUUAUUCGAGGUCCACGUCCGCCACGUUCCCCUUUCCAACCGCCACGUCUUCCACAACGGCAGUCUAGAACCCAGGUACUGUUUCAGGUCGAAACCUCACCGCGGGGACCAAGGCCACGUCCAAGUCUAUUGCCAACUCCCAGCUGCAGUCCGUCCCCAACGCCAGGUUCCACGCCGGUUUCAAUACCCGCUGUAUCGCCAUCACCUGGUCGCCUUCGAGCCCCGGUUCGCGGACGGUCAUUCGUGUCACCAGUGUCGCCACCUCCGACUAGGGCCCCCACUGCUCGCAUUUCUCCGCUCUCCCAGUCGAUUACACCGUCCCCGAUUCCCGCACCUGCUCCCACACCAGUACGCGGGCUUAAGCCCGCGCCUCUUCGUAUGUUCCCACGACAACCUCAGCGUCCAGUGCUACCAGUCCGUCCUUUUACCACGCCCCAGGUACCUCCUCCAAGGCUCACGCGUGAACCGCCGCCAGUUUUUCCGCCGCCAAUAUCGUCACGGCGAACAGCUUCGCCGCCACGUGCUCCACGUCCGCUGCCCCUUUUCCGACAACGGCCUCCCGUACACCGCAUGACUCCAUCUCCCCCGCCUUUCCCCACGGUACCAUUUCCCCCACAAAUGCCACCGCCGCAAAAGUCACUGACGCAAGAGCCAAUACGUGGCCCGCAAGUACCUUUGCGACAUCCCGUAGUAGCACGCCCAGUACCUCCAGGAAUGCAAUUUCCGAGGCUUACGCAGCAGCAGGCGUUGUUCAAUGUUACACAGACGGAGGUCAUACAACCAAAGCCACCACGCACUACCGAGAUUCUACCACGCGUCCCCGGUGGAACAGCUCCAAGCCUUCGCGCGCAGGGACCGCAGUCGCCACAACAAUUUCCACCUUCUCGACCGCAGCAUCUGCCUCGACAGGUCACGCCGCUUAUCUCUGUGCAUGUUCCUUCUAGGCCGCCCCAAUCAGCACGUAUGUUCUCCCCACCACCAGGCAUGGGUGUACCACGGAUGCCUCCACAAGUACCACCACUCAUACCGCAGCGAAUAUCUCCGCCAAUGUCACCCCAAAUGCCACAGCAGACGUCUCCGCCGAUGUCGGCGAGACGGUCUCCACAAAUGCCUACUCUGCUACCAGGAAUGCUUGGAAGAGUGUCUCCCACACUGUCACCGGAAAUGUCUUUGGGAAUGUUGCGACCGAUGUCCCCGCGAAUGUCUUCGCAACUGCAACUGGGAGUAAGGCAUGGAAAAAUGUCUCCCCCACUGUCACCACAAAUGCCUUUGGGAAGGUUACGUCCUCUGUCACCGCGAAUGUCUCCGCAACUGCAACCAGGAAUGCAAGGAAGAAUGUCUCCGCAACUGCAACCAGGAAUGCAAGGAAGAAUGUCUCCCACAUUUCCACCGCGAAUGUCUCCGCAACUGCAACCAGGAAUGCAAGGAAGAAUGUCUCCCACAUUUUCACCGCGAAUGUCUCCGCAACUGCAACCAGGAAUGCAAGGAAGAAUGUCUCCCACAUUUUCACCGCAAAUGUCUCCGCAACUGCAACCAGGAAUGCAAGGAAGAAUGUCUCCGCAACUGCAACCAGGAAUGCAAGGAAGAAUGUCUCCGCAACUGCAACCAGGAAUGCAAGGAAGAAUGUCUCCGCAACUGCAACCAGGAAUGCAAGGAAGAAUGUCUCCGCAACUGCAACCAGGAAUGCAAGGAAGAAUGUCUCCCACAUUUUCACCGCGGAUGUCUCCGCAACUGCAACCAGGAAUGCAAGGAAGAAUGUCUCCCACAUUGUCACCGCAAAUGUCACUGGGAGCGUUACCACCGAUGGCUCCGCGAAUGCCGUCACCAACGCCGCCGCAAAUGUCAUUGGGUAUGUUACGACAGACUUCCCCGCUAAUGUCUCCCCCAACAUCACCACGCAUUUCGCCGCGUAUGUCUCCUCCACCAACAUCGCCGCGUAUGUCUCCGCGCAUGUCGCCGCGUAUGUCACCACAAGUUUCAAUGUUGUCACCGCCACAACUUGCUCCAAGAUUGCUGCCCAGGAUGCCACAACAGACGUCGCCGCCGCUGUCGGCAAGACCAUCUCCGAUGCGUCUACAGGCUCCGCAACGCUAUCCAUUUCAACAACCGGCUGAAACAGCCCUACAGCAGCAGUUAGAGCUACAGAAAAGAUUGCAACAGCACCUGCUCGACGAGCACCGAAAAAUGCAGCAGAGGCCCAAGAUGGCUGGUGACGCUUCUGACAUGGCCAGCACCAUCAAGAUAGAUAUCCACGGUCGAGGUUCCCAGCAGUUUCGUCGACGUUCUGCGUCACCGCAGUCCCGACCGUCGUCUGCCCUCAUGUCACCAUCACUGAUGUCUUUUCCUGUAACAUCACCGCGCAGAAGAUCUCCAUCUCCGCCCAUGUCGCGUCCAAUGUCUGCAUCGCCGCCACUGCUCCAAAGGCGUCCAAUAUCAAUGUCUCCUCAACUACUGCGCAUGCAGGCCCCUCCCAUCAACCCUCCGCAACAGCAACAAGUCUAUCAAGCCCGCGCCCAGCUCCAACAAAUGCAACGCAUGCAGAGUGCUCGGGACACACAACAACAACAUCACUUGAACGAACAGUUACGGCGACAGAAGAUGUUGGAAGACAAAGUGAUGAUGCAGGAACGCGAGCUACGCCAACAGGGACAAUUGCUACGAAGACUUGGUAGUGCCGGGAGUAAUAGCACUGACCGAGUGCGUAGAUUCGCCAUCCGCGGCAGAGGGGUUCGUGGCACUGGAAGUGUACCGUCAAUUCCAAGAGUUCCUAGAUCACCUUCACGGUCACCUCAGGAGGCAACAUCAGGUUUAAGAGAGCGUAGGUCAGUUCCAAUGUCCCCUUCGCUGUCACCUCCGCCACCGCCAUCAGGUCCAGGAGGGCCCAGAUCAGCGCCAAGGUCGCCAUCGCUGUCACCUCCAGUAGCAUCGGGUCCGCCUAGGUCACCUCCAAGGCCUUCUUCUCGGUCUCCUCUGAGAUCUCCAAUAACAGCUCCUCGUCUACUACAGGGGAGGUCCACGCCGAACCUGAGCAUGCCGAGCAGUGGAGGGGAUGGCCUACGGAAGCCUCCACGGAAGCCUUACCGUCACACGGCCAUCGAGACGCGGCUGCGAAAUUCUCAAACUGAAAUGGUCGUCUACUUUGUCGUCCUAUUAGCCACGAUAAUCGGCCUAUGGACUGUUCUGGACAUCUAUGGACGACGCCUCAGUACACGCGGUGCAAAUGGUUCCAUGUUACUACCGCCAUCGGGCGGAAACGCCAGUUAUCGAUAUAACGCUCGAGGAGGAGCUUUCGUCGUUAACAAUUCCCAUCCACCAGGUUUUCGUAUUUGCAGCACAGUUACCUGUCAGCAAGAAGGAAACUUCGUGUCGCAUCAGCUCAACUGGAACGUCAACCCGUGCGAGAGCAUGUACCACUUUGUCUGUUCCAACUGGCGAGCAGAACAUCCGACGCUAAGGUCCGUCGACGAAGCCAUCGCCAAUCAACUGGAAGGCUCGCUUCUGAAAUCACUGCGCUACUCGAGCGAUACCUCUCUCGGCUUCUCCGUGAUGCAGCAGCUUUGGAAAGAGUGCGUCGAUUCUCAAUCGCGCAACAAUCUUGGCUGGAGUCCGCUGAAACAUCUACUGAAGGCAGCAGCGGUGUCGGACUGGCCGUACGUCCAGUUCACAAGCAUGGGCGAAAGUGCAGUGUGGGAAGCCGCGGCGCGAGCGCUACGAUUCCUGGGUCUUUCCACGCUGGUAAAUCUGGAGAUGAUUCAACAUCCAAUCAGACGACAGCACAUCGUUCCUGCUCUCGAUAAACCUGAGCUCUUGGAAGCACCUUACCAGUCCAACGAUUCUCGCAGCGCAUGGUACUAUGACGCAGUAACGCUCGCAGUGUCCGCAACAACGCACAAGAAUAUUGCAUUCCAUUCCGUCUCCAUGGAGAUAGUCAAUUUCGCACACCAUCUAGCAGGGAUCGUGCAGUCGCCACGGGCAAGAAGAAAUUACAAAGUGGAAAGACUCGCCAGCUUGCCUAGGUAUCAAGCGGUGUUGAGCAAGUUUCUCGAGAAUUCCAGUCGAGUGGACGAGGACACAGAGCUCGUGCUGCGGUCGCCAGAAUACGUUGUGCGUCUCACCUACUUACUGGACGACACACCACCGCAUAUCGUACUCAACUACAUUGGUUUUCGAACAGUGGUUCAUGUCUCACCAUUUCUUCCGGACCGCGUCCACAAGCUCACUGUAGUGCGGGGCCGCCAACUCGGUUUCCAUAAACAAGCCACAACGGAACAACUUUGCUUGCGCAUAGUUGAAGACGUCCUACCGGUUCAGUUCUACCGAACCGUUUAUGAAACUUCCCGCGACUCUCUUCAAGCAACUGCGGAGCUCACGGUUGGCGUACAGGAAGCGUUGCUUCAUCGUCUGGAAAAGCUACAGUGGAUGGAUCAUGAAACACGGAGUACGGCUGGAGAGCACCUUCGAAAUCUUCAAGUCCGCCCUCUGGUACCAGCCGCCUCGACAAGUCAACUUCAAGCUUCCCAAGUGGUACAACUUUUGCCACGAGUCAUUCCCGGAGAGGGACUACGGUCUUACGCACGCGUCACGCGGUAUUUGGUCCAAAGACGGAUUGCGGAAGGCUCCGAGCCGCGUCCUGCACCUUGGCCAGACUCGAGCCAUGACUGCAACUUUGACCUACCACGAAGAAAUUUAUAUCUUCCUCUCACUGCCGCCAAUACAAGCGCUCCAACGCAAGAGCCCCUAUCCCUACUGCAGCUGUCCCGAUACGGGGUCCAUGUGGGACGUUGUUUGAUACGGUCGAUCCUCGACGGGUCUCUGCAACCUCAGAGCGUGGAUGACCCUCGUUUUUGGUGGUCUGCUACCUCGCGGCAAGGGCUGGCAGGUCUUCAACGGUGCUACACGAUGCAGCAUAAAGGAGAUGAGGUAGCUGCAAGAGCAGCCGCUGAAGAAGCAGCAGCACUGGUUGCAGCUCACACGUCCUUCAGAGACAAGUUACCGCCAGGGGUGGACCUUCGCCUUGAGAACGCAGUCAGUAUGUCACUGGACCAGCUGUUCUUCAUUUACUAUACUCUGGGUCAGUGCUCUGACGAACCUCAACGCACACGAAGGGUGGACCUCGCUCUAGUCAACUACAAGGGCUUCCAGAAGUCGUUCACCUGCGAUCCCGGCACACCUAUGAACCCUCGGAAGGCAUGCGAUUUCUGGUGAUUUGAGUCAGCCUUGCUAGAAGGGCUAUUUUUCAACAUUUGUCAUUUCGGGGUGCCAACAGAGAGAACCCUAAAUUGAACUCUUGCACAUGACCCAAGCCUGCUGUUAUAUGUCUGCUGUCAAAACAUGUUGAAGCUGGACUUCUGAAUGAAUUAUGUGUUGCAAAAUCGUGCUGUCUUGCAGAGUAGCUUUACGUUAAGUGACAGUCGAGAAUGUUGACAUCAUAUUUUGGUUUAUAUGCAUCUUAAACCGUG